AUGUUGAUCAUUGCCUUCAGCAGACUAUACAGUCCCCGAAAGAAGGACUCUGCGUUCUUUGGAAAGCGGCUGCUCCAUCCGACAACAGAACCGACAUGCAUCUGCCCUGAUCAUUCAUCCUCGCGCCGCAUCGCGGCUCCCUUGACUGCCAUGCCUGUCUUCGCCCUUCUGAUUAUCUCGAAAGCCGGUUCUCUGAUAUUUCACCGCACUUUCCCAACGUCCACCCCAGGCGCAACCGCGAAUGCCGCAGAAUCCCAAACCCAGACCGUCGGCACGUUAGGUCUACCUGGAACCAGCACGCUAACAACGAACGACUACCUCGUCCUCGCCGGUACAUUCCACGGCGUCCACGCCAUCACACGAUCCCUCACACCAAAACUCCCUAUCACAUCUUCAGCGGCGGGCUCGUCAGGGCGCACUUGGACAUACCCCGACCCGACCCUCGCGCCCAGCGGUAUCGAAUCCCUCGAGUCCUCAUUCUUCAGAUUGACCGUAUUCCAAACGCUUACGGGAACCAAAUUCCUUUUGUUCACGGACCCGAGCAUGCCAAACACCGACGUGCUCAUGAAGGGCAUCUACGAGCGCUACGCGGACUUUGUAUGCAAGAAUCCAUUCUGGCAGAUGGAAAUGCCGAUCCGAAUAGAGGCUUGGGAGCGCAGCGUGAAUCAGUGGCUGACUAGGCGGUGA